AUGGAGACUACGCUGCUCAGACGCACGAGCACCAUCUUCAGUGCCAUCACUGUCUCUUUUGCAAGAAUACUGGAGGCUGUCUUCAUGGAUGGCGAUCUUAAAAACUUCCCUAGGAUUGUGCUUCCCGGCCCGACAGACUAUAAUCUCUCAAUAUCAGCCUUCUUCGACAACGGCAACUUCUUCUAUGGCACACCGUACACGAUCGGCUCUACAACCGACCUCAUAGAGACCAUUAGUGCUCGUCUAUUGCAGCUCCUUACGGGAGUUGUACUCAUUGAAGCCAACUGGUAUGUGCUCAAAGAUGCCUACACCGCCGAUAAUUGCCCGACAAAUAAUACGGGUCGCGUUGUCGAUGGUAGCUGCUUCACACUCGAGCACCCAGGUCUAGGAGGAAAGGCUGGUGGGGCCGAUCGUCGUGGUGAAUACUCUCUUCAGAUGGACGAGGCUACGUUGGAUAAGGUGUACUUGCGCAAAGUAGUGCUCGAAGAUCUUUAUCGCAGCUCCAAUGAUUGUCAAAAGAAGAGCAAGGCAUACAACACUCAAGGAAGCAUGCCCAUCACUAGUUUUCAAAGCGAGAAGACCAAGGCUUGCUUUUACAACCUUCCCGUCUUGACCGUCACCACUCAUCGUCUCGAUGAUAUCCCGUAUAAGGCGUCGCCUUGUUCCGUCUACUUUGCCAACAAGACCGCAGUCCAGGAUAAGAAGGAGCCGGAGGUCGGUGUCACCUAUCUUCCGCCCAACUUGGAUCCCAUCUUCAGUGAACCAGGCUUUUGUACCAUUGAUAAGUUCACCGGCAACCCUGGGACUGAUUGA